AUGGGCCACCAGAUACACGUCCAGGACGACGGUAGCGUCUCUGGGAGGGUUAAAGAGCCGGCAUGUCGCGGCACCUGGAAAGUCGUCUGGACGUGCCUGGCCACGACGUUCCUCUGCGUAUGGACACUGCUCUGCCUCGCCACCCUGGUCUUCAUGGGGCUGCACCUCGCCGCUUGGGAUUUUGAGUUUCCGUCUCGGGCCGAGCAGAUCCUCUGGCGUGUCUCGAGCCUCGUCCUGUUUCUCGUUACCGCUGCCUUUUGGGUCGCCGAGACGGCCGCGUCGUGGGUGCGGCUUGGUCGGUGGCGCCGCCUGUAUCUUUUAAUGGUUAAUCCGGAGAAGCUGGCUAUACUUGAUUUGCAGAGUAGCAGAGAGGACGAGAAAGCCGCGCCCGCGCCGAGAAAGGCCAUUGAGCUGCCACUCGCAUGGGAAUUCUGGACAAUCGCACCUAUAGCAUUUUUAUAUGGGGUGGCCAGGUUGUAUCAAGUACUCGAGGGGUUUCUACAGUUGCGACAUGUGGAUGCAACCGUGUUUGUGCAUGUUCCUUGGUCAAUGUAUUUCCCACAUGUAUAA